AUGGAAAAUCAACCUUCGCCAUCGCUAUGGUCCAUUGAUGAUCGUCAUCGAACUAGACCAACUCCCACUCCACCAACACAACCGUUGUUACCGGUUGAUGUUGUUGAAGAUAAGAAAGGUGUUUGUGGUUCUGAAACUAAAACAAAGGCCUUUGAUAUUUGCACCCCCAAACAAAGUGGAGGUCCUGUUGUUUUGAAACCGGGUUUGUUUGCAAAGAACAAAGAAAGAAGGAAGGAAUUGAAACAAAGUAGCAAAGAAAUUGUGGAGUUAAGACCUGGGAUGGUUCAUUUGAAAGGUUACAUUUCACGGACCGAUCAAGUUAAGAUAGUGAAAAAAUGUAGGGAAUUAGGGUUAGGUGAUGGUGGCUUUUACCAACCUGGUUAUGAGGAUGGGACUAACUUGCAUUUGAAAAUGAUGUGUCUUGGUAAAAAUUGGGAUCCUCAAACGAGUAGAUAUGUUGAUCAACGACCCUCUGAUGGGUCUGUUCCGCCGAAAAUUCCUCAUGAAUUUGUGACUUUGGUUCAUUCUGCAUUAAAAGAUUCACAAACCGUCACUAAGCUCUCUAACUCCAAAGACCUUUCCUUGUUCUCGCCUGAUAUUUGUAUUGUCAAUUUUUACUCUCAGAACGGCCGACUUGGUCUUCAUCAGGACAAGGAUGAAAGUGAACCGAGUAUUGCUGCAGGAUUGCCUGUGGUGUCAUUCUCUAUCGGAAACUCUGCUGAGUUUUUGUAUGGUGAUGAAAGGGAUGUUGACAAGGCAGAGAAAGUUGUUUUGGAAUCUGGGGAUGUUUUGAUCUUUGGUGGAAAAGCUAGAAAGGUCUUUCACGGCGUUAGUGCUAUUAAGCCAGAGGCCCCUAUCAGUUUGAUUGAAGAAACUAAUCUCCGUAAACCUGGCCGAUUGAAUCUUACUUUCAGGCAGUAUUAA